AUGGCGGACUUCUGGAAUUAUACGCUCAAUUCCAAUCGGUCCGGUCUGGAACAGAACCGGUUCAGUGGCUUGGACGACAUCGACGUGACGGCGGACGGCAGCCCAGCUCUGCGGAUCAUCAUCUCCGUCGUGUACUCCAUGGUGUGCGCCGCGGGGCUGGUUGGGAAUCUCCUGGUGUUUUUCUUGAUGAAGGUCAGGCGAGGGAGGAAGAGGUCGACCAUUAACUUUUUCAUCCUCAACCUCGCCGUGACGGACUUCCAGUUUGUUCUGACGCUGCCCUUCUGGGCGGUGGACACCGCUCUGGACUUCAGCUGGCCCUUCGGGGACGCCAUGUGCAAGAUCAUCCUGUCCGUGACCGUGAUGAACAUGUACGCAAGUGUGUUUUUUCUCACGGCCAUGAGUGUGACGAGGUACUGGUCGGUGGCCUCGGCGCUGAAGGACCGCGCACGGCGGUGCUUCUGCUCGGUGCGCUGGGUGAGCGCAGGGCUGUGGGUCUCCGCCAUCGCGGCCACCGCGCCGACUGCCAUCUUCUCCACCGUCCGCAACGUGGCCGGCGAAAAGCUCUGCCUCCUCGGCUUCCCCGACGGCCAGUACUGGCUGGCGUUGUACCACCUGCAGAAAAUCCUCGUCGCCUUCGUGUUCCCCAUGCUGACGGUGACGGUGUGCUACCUGAUGCUUCUGCGCUUCGUGCGUCUGAGGAGCAUGAACAACAACCAAGUCAAGCGCAGAUCCAAAGUGACCCGCUCGGUCACCAUCGUGGUGCUCUCGUUCUUCUUGUGCUGGAUGCCGAACCACGCUAUUACUUUCUGGGGCGUCCUGGUCAAGUUUAACGUGGUUAAUUGGGACAGGGCUUAUUACAUGGUGCACACGUACGUCUUUCCCGUGACCGUGUGCCUGGCGCACGCCAACAGCUGCCUGAACCCGGUGCUGUACUGUCUGAUGCGGAGAGAGUUCAGGAAAAUGCUGAAGGGUCUGUUCUGGCGCAUGUCCUCCCCCGCCGUGGCGAACUCUUGCCAAAUACGACCGUUCUCGCGGACGAUCAAAGCGGACCGUGACGAAACCCAGACCGUCGUUCCUCUGAAUAACAUGGAAACCGAGAAUUACGGACUUUCCAUCCUGAACGACCAGUGCCACACGGACGCGCUGUAUGCGGUGGGCUGCCAGCACCAGAGCUUAGUCUAG